AUGCGCUGCGUAUACGACAACUGCUCUUACAACCGUUUUGGCUACCGCAACAAUAGGUCGCUUCGUAGACAUAUCAGAGAUGUACAUGGCUAUGCAAUCGUAACUUCCAUAGAUAUCAAGCUAUACCAAGAUACUAACGACACUUGCGUUUACCCACUUUGCCGGUAUAAUACAGGCGACCAAGAGGCGUACAAGGAGCAUUUAGUGAAUGUGCAUAAUUUUCCUAUAUCUCUCGGCAACCAACCUUCGGAGCUUCCAGGAGUGGGUGAACAACCGUCAGCUCAGGAGGACAUAACUGCGGAACUGCUGGCUUCAAGCCCUUUGACUGCAACUGAGGAGCCUUCAGCUUCUUCUUCUGUGAUGACGGGACCAUCAGCUUCUGCUCCUGUGAUUGUAGAACCAUCAACUUCUGCUCCUGUGCUUGCGGAACCAUCAACUUCUGCUCCUGUGAUUGUGGAACCAUCAACUUCUGCUCCUGUUAUUGCGGAAUUAUUAUCUUCUGCUCUUGUGACUGAGGAACUAUCAGCUUCAGUCCCUGUGAUUGCGGAACCAUCAGCUUCAGGUGAUAUAGUUGUGGAGCCGGAAACUGCCAGUUCUCCAAUGGAGUAUUCAUCAGUUUCAGGCGUUGUAAUUGAGGAGCCGGCAGCUUCCAGUUCUUUAAUCGAGCAGCAACCAGCUUCACAAUCUACAUAUUUGGAACCUUUGAAUACGGCUGCUUACCAGAAACGACGUUUCUCUGACAUGACUGAUAAUAGUCCAUCCCAACGAAAAAGUAGAAGAAGUCAAGGACCGGUCACCCCGCGGCUAUCUCGAAACAAAGGGAAACAAACAGCGAUCCCUUUAUGGAGUGAGAACGUUCGUUCCAUGAAUAAACCCAACCUCAGAAGGGCCGAAGCAGAUGCGUUGGAAUCUUUGGUCCUCUUCGGAAUAUCUGGGUCUGUAAGCGAAGAAAUGGAGGAGAAACUUGCUUCCAACAGAGAAAAUAGUCGUACUCGCUUGAGCCUUAAAGCGAUACCAAGUGCGAUCGAAUUUCUCAACAGAGUAUUGGAGGCCAAAACUCCAUCAGAAGCACAUGCUAGGUGCGCCGAGAAUAUCGACUCUUCAACUUAUCAUGGCCAGUUCCUUGCGAUCAUGCAAGCUACCCUUCAAGAUUUCUGUGCAGUGAGGCGUAACCAACCCAGCUUCAAAUACACUGAUAAUCAUGAAAGGACCUUUUGGAUUAACUCCGUCAUCCCCAUGUUCAGAUAUUUUGGUUUCCUUACCGAUUUAGCUUCCUUUAAGUGGUAA